CGCGUUUGUUGUUUUAUUCUUUUUGUUUAACCUUUUAUUUAUUUUUCUGUACCUCAAUCGAUAAUUCCUAUUAUUAUUUAGUUGAAAUGAGAACAAACUCGCAAAUUUCGGCGCUUUUCGGUCCUGGUGCUGCCACUCGCUUGGCCACCGCUCGCGUUCUUGUUGUUGGUGCCGGGGGCAUCGGCUGCGAGCUGCUGAAAAAUCUCAGUGUAUCUGGCUUCCACCACAUCCACGCUAUUGAUCUCGAUACUAUUGAUCUCUCCAACCUCAACCGCCAGUUUCUCUUUCAGCGCAAGCACAUAAAGAAGCCCAAGGCACACGUGGCCACCGCCGCCAUCAAGGCCUUUAACCCUUCCUUGGACACCAGCGCCAUGCAGGCCAACAUUAAAGACGAGCAGUUUGACGUUGACUGGUUUGGCCAAUUUGCUUUGGUCUUUAAUGCCCUGGACAAUCUGGAAGCCCGCAGACACGUCAACGCAAUGUGCUUGGCUGCAAGGGUCCCGCUGGUAGAAUCUGGCACUGCGGGGUAUCUGGGCCAAGUCACAGUUAUUAAGGGCGGCGAGACAGAAUGCUUUGACUGCCAUCCAAAGCCUGCCGAAAAGAGGUCUUUUCCGGUGUGCACCAUUCGGUCGACUCCGACUGCGCCGAUCCAUUGCAUUGUGUGGGCGAAGAACUAUCUCUUUGUUCAGCUCUUUGGCGAGCCGCCAGAGGAGGAAAAGGAAGUUGUAGAGGAAGUUGAAGCAGGACAGGAGGAGGAGCUCAAGGCUUUGAAGGAGGAGUCUGGCGCUCUGGCUGCGCUUUCCGAGGCCAUGGGCGGCGAUGAUUUUGCGCAGCGCAUUUUCAACAAGGUUUUCUGCCAUGACAUCCGCCGUCUCCUGUCUAUGUCUGACAUGUGGGCACAGCGCCAGCCACCGCGUGUCCUUGACUACGAUGAACUCGAGCAUCAAGUGUGUGAUCCUCCAGCUGAUCACUCCAACCUCUCCAUGGCUCAGGCAUUUAUUCUCUUCCGCGAGUCCUGCCACACGCUCGCUCGGCGUCGCCUCGAGGGCUCUCCCUUGGCGUUUGACAAGGAUGACCAGGACACCCUGGACUUUGUUACUGCCACCGCAAGCUUGCGCUCCUAUGCCUUUUUUAUUGACCAGAAAUCGCCCUUCGAGGUGAAGGCCAUGGCUGGCAAUAUCAUCCCGGCAAUCGCCACGACUAACGCCAUUGUCGCCGGAAUGAUGGUUACCCAGGGCGUGCUUGCUUUGGCCGGCCGUUUGGAUGAAUGUCAUACGGCCUAUCUUUCUUACAACACCAAGCGUCCCCGGUGCAUUAUUCGCGAGACUCUUUCCAAGCCCAGCCUGCUGUGCCCUGUGUGCCAUCGUCGGUACCUCACGCUUCGCUUGGCCGACCCUGCUAAAACGAUGUUGGGUGAUCUGCUGGAUUACAUUGGUUGCUUGGAAGGUGACAUGAGCCUGGGCAUGUCAAGGGAUAAUAUUUCGGUGGUUGAGGGCUCGCGCCUGCUUUAUGACCCUGACUACGAUAGCAACUGUUCAAAGUCGAUGCAGGAUUUGUGCUUGGUUCCUGGCAAAAUGGUAACAUUUGCCAACGAAGACGAUUCCGACGUUGUGCCUGUUAUUCUGAGCAUUGCUCGGCCACUGACUAAAGAAAAUGGUGGCUUGGAUAUACUAAUUGAGGGUUUCGAGUAUAUUCCAGAGUUUGUUCCGCUUUCGCAACAGUCGCUAAAGGAGGAGUGCUCAGCCACCGCGGUUGGCAAUAAUUCGAUUGAAUUUGGUAAACGCAGCAUUGAUGAUGUCAAUGAAGUUUUUGAGUCUCCGUCAAAGAAACAUGCCUUUGAUAGUGAAGAUUUAGUUAUUCUCGAUUAAAAAAUAUAUAUGUAUAUAUACAUGAUCGACUAUACACUGUUAUUUUAUAAUAUAUUACAAAUGCAAACGAGGCGUGUUUCACGGUUUUAUUUCUC